AUGCACGGGCCGAACAACACCAUGAAGUGCCUUCGCGAUCCUACUGCUACCCUACAUGAUCUCUACAAUGAUCCAAAUGGGACAAGUCAUGAUAAUUUUCCCCGGCUGGUCGCGGAACACUACACCCAGAUCUUCCACACGAGUGAAGCGUUUCGGGAGAUCCCAUCCCUUGACAUUCGCAGUCCCCCGACUACGUUCCCAGAUAGGUCGCUCGUACGCUUCCGGGCAAUGGUGCAGGACACAUCGCCCUCUUCCGAGAUGUACCUCGCCAGGUCGCCAUAUGGAAAGUGCGGCGGAUGGGGUAUUGAGCUCACGGAGGAGGAGAACGGUGAAGUGGACUACACGAACCUGAGGGAGUGUAAUGUCCUAUGGGCAGUCAGCGUGCCCGCCGAGUCGGCGUGGUGUGCUGAAGAACUGGAUGGCUCGCAAACCCGGUCAGCCUCGGGGUCAACGUCUGCCUAUCUACCUCAGCACUCGCACAAAUUUCCUCACCCCACAUUACCUCACAUAGGUGUUCAAGUCAAAAUAUAUGAUACGGACAGUGCGGAAAAGCUGAAGUCUACGGAUAUAGUCACAUUCGUCGGCAUCUUGACCACGGAGUCGUCAAUAUCCCUCAGCUACUCCCCAGCAGACCUUCUCACAGCAAGAACUUCGGUAUCCAGCACAGGUACAGGUCUUGAGUCGAGGGACGAAGUUCCUACACUGCACGUACUCUACAUUCGAGAGCAUACGGCGACACUACUGUCCAGACCAUAUCCAAGCACUGCAACCCCAGACGCUGACGAGCACAGUGCUCCCGCGAAGGUUCGAUCGGAGCUCAUCUCUUGGAUGGCGGAAGAGGCGCUAGGCGGCGACCGCGAAGCGGCUGAGUGGAUGCUGCUCGCGUCUAUAGCACGCGUACAAUCGCGUAGCCCGCCCCUCCUUCCUCCAUCAUUGAACCUCACGCACUUCCCCUCACCCUCGCCAACGCCGUCCACAACCGAUGCGCCACCCACGUUCCUCCCGACACUGUCGACUGUGCUUGCACAGAUCCUGCCCCUGACGCACACACUCCCGCUCUCUCUUGAUGUGCUUAACAAGGAUGCGUUUGUGCCCGAGAGUAAAGAGGAAGACCUGCACGCAGGUGUGCUGCAGCUGCCUCAGGGCACGGUGCUGCUCGUAACGGAGGGCGGGGUGCACGAGGGCAAGCUCGUUGAGCAAGGGAUCCUGAAUGUGCACGCGCUGCAGGAAGUCAUGAACACGCAGACACUCGCCUACAAAUUCCCAUUCUCGCAGUUCUCGUUCCCUACAGACAUCAGCUGCAUUGUGGUCAGCGAAGGGAGCAAGAGUGCAUUAUUCAGAACGAACAUCUCUGUGCCUCUUACUGCACCCAAAGACCCUGAGGCGAUCGCCAGACUUUACAAGCCUGUGGAGGAUAUCAAGUUGCCUUCAGCCGAACGACUAGCAGCGUUCCGGGACCUACUGGUGGGCGCGCGCGCAGGCAAGGUGCACGUCAGCGAAGAAACCUCAGAGUAUAUCCAACGCGAUUUUGUGCGUCAGCGACAGCAAGACAGGUCGGUUACAUCGGACGAUCUCAUACGGCGGAUGUCGAUCGCAAAGCUAUACGCCCUGUCACUUCAUGAGACAGAGCUGACAGUCGAUGUAUGGGAAAGAGCAAAGGCAUUCGACGAGCGCAGGCGAGCUGCCUGCGCAAGCACCACGACCUCUAGCGCGACAGUAUGACAAGUCUAUAACUUAGUCUUGGAUUGAGUCACGGAUAGUAAUCCCAUGUCGGCCCGCAAUAAGUGGCACAUCAGCAACUCAGUAUUGUUGCAUGCUACAACUUUCUC